GUUAGGUCAUUGGUAGCAGAAGUGACGAGAGAUCAGGUAUGAUCCGGGCCCAAUGAUGACGUCCUUAGAAUAGCUUCAAAACGCUGACAGAUUUCAUAAUCUUGCCUCAUCGAGUCGUGAUACAAUGCGACAGGGCGAGCGCCCCAUACUGCUAGAUAACCACAAGGAAAAGCUGGAGACAAACUCCAACGAAAAUCCAGGACGCCCAACGACCAUUUGCCCAAAUGUCGAACCUGACGUGAAGCCAGGUGAGGCGCCCGUCGAGAAUGCGCAGCGGCCCUCCCAUACAUCAAAUAUUCAGUCAGAACUCUUGGCCGCUUUAGAUACACAGAGCUUGUCGUCAAGAGACAUGCCAGCCCUAUCAAAGGUCACUGGAUUUCCAAAAGGAUCAUUUCGUCCAAUACAAGAUGAGCCUUUCAAUGACGAGAGACCCCAGCCAGACCUACUAGCUCAGCGCAAACUCAAGCGCAUGCCAGGGAGAGACAUACUCCGAUCGCCUGAAAGCACGAUUGCAAAAUGUCUUUGUUCUUCGCUUGCCGACCGUUAUAAUCUGUCAGGUAGUUCCGUUAAUGCUGUGCAACCUGCUCAGGAACGCCACUCAUGCCAAUGUGCAUACCGGAGAUAGUAAUUUAUACUGCGGUGUCCAACCCUUGGGCUCACUUAGUCGCCCAAGAGGCGAGCUUAUUAGCGUUGAUUGAUUCUCUCUUUAGUUUCUGUGAUAUUUGCUUUCGUCAAAAUGUACUAUGUGAAGCCAUAGAACUAUCGGCUGUCCUUUAAAAGUUAGUCACUAUCCAAGGAACAUACAGGAACAACCUGACGUUGCUCAUCACCUCGGUACCUGUUUUAAUCUAGGACGUGUUUCCAAA